GACAAGUGUGUGUGUUGUUAAAAUGAGUCAUUCAGAAAGUCAAAUUACCAUGACAACGUUACAACAAAUAUCAAUCGAGUAAAUAAAAAAAUGUUAGAUAUAAAAAACGACAAUUAAUUAUAACCCACGAGUUAAAAAUAAAUGUAGUAUUAAUUAUUAAUUUAAAUUAAUAAUGGCAGAAACUAGUGUUUUAACAAAUUUUAAAAAUUGGAAUAGUAAAGAUUUAUCAACAGCUGAAAAUGAUAAAUCGAAAUAUCUCAAAGUUCUUGAUCCUGAUGAUCCAUUGAUGAAAAGAUUUCAAGAUGCACUUAAAGCUCAUCUUGUACGAAUUGAUGAAAGACUUUCUGAUGAAAUAUCAAAAUUGCAAGCAGAAACUAAAGAAGCAACUAAAAAAAAAGAUGAAAAAUGUACAGAAAUGUAUGAAGCACAACGUGAAAUAUCACAUCAACAAAAUAUCCUUGAAAAAUAUACAAAAAAUUUAGAAGAAAUUACAAAUUUACAUGAAAAAUAUGAUAAUAAAAUAAUUGAAGAUAAAAAAUUACGUAAUAAUAUACGUAAUGAUAUUGAAAAUGAUCGUAGUAAUAUGGAAAAAUUAAAAUAUGAAAUGAAUAAUUUAUCAUCACAGUGUAAACAAUUUAAUGAAUUUGAAAAUGAAAUAUCAAGUCAUUUAAUAUUAGCUAAAAGAAUGACAUCAAAAGAUGCAAGUGUACAAAGAGAAUUAAUACGUCAAAAACAAGAAGCUGAUUAUAUAUUAUUAAAAUUGCAUGGACAAGUAUGGAAAAUUGAAAAAGAAAUACAAGAUUUUGAAAAACAUAUGGUUAUUAAAAAUGAAGAAAGAUUAAUUAUUGGACAAACAAUUGCUGAUGCUGAUGUUGAUUUAGAUGCUUUACAAAAUGAAAGAAAAAAUCUUUUAAUUGUUUGGAAUAAAGUUGUUAAUAGUGUACAUCAAAGAGAUAAAAUUAAUGAUCAAUUAAAUGGUGAAAAAAUAAAAAUACAAGAAACAUUUAGAACUCUUCAAUCGAAAAUUGAAAAAACAAAAAAAGAUACUGUCAAAGAAAUGGAAAAUAAUGAACGUUUAACAUCAAUACAAUCGAAACUUGAAGAAGAUAUUAAAUACAAUGAAAUUAUAAUUUUAGCUGAUCGUGAAAAAUCUGAUGUUUUAGAAUAUAAAACACUUGAAAUUGUAAAAUUAUCAGAAAAUAAUGAACAAGAUUAUGAAGAAAUUUUAUACAAUUAUGAAAGAUUAAAAAAUGAAGAGAAAAAUCUUGACAAUGAAUUUUAUAAAUUGAAUAAUCAAAAAAAAAUAUUGGAGAAUGAGAUAUUGUUAAAAAUGGAGGAUAAAAAUACAAAUGAUAAAACAGUAAAAUAUUUAAAUAAAAUAUUGAAUGAUACAAGAGAAAUGAUGAACAAUCUUGAGCUAUCAUUAAUCCAAAUGGAAAAUCAAUAUGGAAAAAGUAUUCUUGAAUUGAAAAAGAUAAAAAAUUAUGUGACAACUGAAAAGAGUGAUUUGGAGGAACUUUGUCAGUCAAAUAUACUAAAAGAAAAAGAGCUGAAUAAAAUAAAAAUUGAAUUAGAUAAAUGUAAUUUAAUAAUCGAAAAAAAACAAAAGAAAAUUAUUGAUAUGAAUAAAAAAAUUGAAGAGAUGAAUAAAGAUGAUGGAUAUGUUGAUAUGAGUUCUUAUGAUAUAAAAAUAUCUGGAUAUGAAAAAAACAUUGAAGAAAUUGAAAGAAAAAAUCAGGAAUCAAAGCAAUUUUGGCUGAGACAAGAAGGUUUUAUGGUAAAUUUAAGUGAAGAAAGAAAUAAUCAACUUGAAGAGUUAAAUAUUUUAAGCAAACAAAUAACAAUAAUGGAACAAAAAAAUAUAAAAAUAGAAUAUUUAAUUGUUAAUGAAAAAAAAAAUGAUGAUAAAAUAAAUAAAAAAAUUGAAGAUUUACAUAAAAGAUUAUUACGUACAAAUAAAAUGAUAAAUAAUAAAAAUGAGCUACGUGAAAAUUUAAAAGAUAAAAAUUAUUUAACAAAAGAUGAAUAUGAAAAAAUAUUAAAAAAUGAUGAAAUUGAAUUAAUUAAAUUAAAAAAUACAAUUAAAAAUUUAAUUGAUGAAAAAAAUUAUUUAAAUGAAAAGCUAUAUGAAUCACAUUGUAAUUAUUUAUCAUGGGAAAAAAAAUUAAAAAUAGCAUGUGAAACAUCAAAAACAAUAAAAAAUGAAAGAAUAAGUGGUGGUGAUGUUGCAAUAAUGAAAUGUGAAAUUCAUAAAAUGGAAAUAAGAUUAUUACAGUUAAAAAAAGCACAAGAAAAAAUGAUAAGAGAUAUGGAAUUUUGUGUUACAAGAAGAGAAACAAUUAUUAAUAUUGCAAUUGCUAAAGAAAUUAAAAAUCCAAAAGAGAUACAUAAUAAACGUGUUAUGUUUAAUAAAAGAAUUGAUGAUCGUAAAAAAAAAAUUAAACAAAUAGCUAAGGAAACUAAAAAUAUUGAAAAUAAAAUAGCUGAAUUAGAGAAUGAAAAAUUUCAUUUACAAGAAAAUUUAAAUGACAAAAAAAUAUCAUUAGAAUCAUUUUCAAAUUCAAUUGUUGAUAUUGAUAAAAAAAUUUUUGAAAGUGAACUCAUCAAAAGUCACAAACUAGAAUGUCUCGUAAGAAAACAAAGAAAAGUAAAGAUGUUACAAAAAGUACGUGAAGGAAAAUAUAAAAUGUUAUUUAAAUCAGAAACAAUAUUAAAUGAAGAAUUUGAAAAACAACAAAGAAUUAAAAAUGAACUUGUUGAUAUAAUGGAACAAACAAAACAAGAUUUUCCCCAUCUAAAUGAUGACAUAAGAAAAAUUCAAUUAACAAUACAAUCAAUAUAA